UCGAAUUGUAGCCUCCGUCACCGCCUCCGGGGCCGGGAAGCGAUGUAGGUAGGACCCGCCAGACGGUCCCCAGCUCUCCUCGUCCCGAGCCCCGCGGCCUGCCGCUGCCGCCACCGCCGCCGCCAUGAAGAAGCAAUUCAACCGCAUGAAGCAGCUGGCCAACCAGACUGUCGGCAGAGCUGAGAAGACAGAAGUCCUCAGUGAAGAUCUGCUACAGAUUGAACGUCGACUGGACACUGUGCGGUCAAUGUGCCACCAUUCACAUAAGCGUUUGAUAGCCUGCUUCCAAGGUCAGCAUGGCACCGAUGCUGAGAGGAGACAUAAAAAGCUUCCUCUGACAGCUCUCGCCCAGAACAUGCAGGAAGCUUCAGCCCAGCUGGAAGAGUCUCUCUUGGGGAAGAUGCUGGAAACCUGUGGGGAUGCUGAGAAUCAGCUGGCUUUUGAACUCUCUCAGCAUGAGGUCUUUGUGGAGAAGGAGAUCAUGGACCCUCUCUACGGCAUAGCGGAGGUGGAGAUUCCCAACAUCCAAAAGCAAAGGAAACAGCUUGCUAGAUUGGUGCUGGACUGGGAUUCAGUCAGAGCAAGAUGGAACCAAGCUCACAAGUCUUCAGGAACCAACUUUCAGGGACUUCCAUCUAAAAUAGAUACCCUAAAGGAAGAGAUGGAUGAAGCUGGAAAUAAAGUCGAGCAGUGCAAGGAUCAACUUGCAGCAGACAUGUACAACUUCAUGGCCAAAGAAGGGGAAUACGGCAAGUUCUUUGUGACGUUAUUAGAAGCCCAAGCAGAUUACCAUAGAAAAGCAUUAGCAGUCUUAGAAAAGGCCCUUCCCGAAAUGCGCGCCCAUCAAGAUAAAUGGGCAGAGAAGCCAGCCUUCGGUACACCUCUGGAGGAACACCUGAAGAGGAGUGGACGUGAGAUCGCUCUCCCUAUUGAGGCCUGCGUCAUGUUGUUGCUAGAGACUGGCAUGAAGGAGGAGGGCCUCUUUCGGAUCGGAGCUGGAGCCUCCAAGUUGAAGAAGCUGAAAGCUGCUCUCGACUGCUCCACAUCUCACCUGGAUGAGUUCUAUUCAGACCCCCAUGCUGUCGCAGGUGCUUUAAAGUCCUAUUUGCGGGAACUGCCUGAGCCCUUAAUGACUUUCAGUCUGUAUGAAGAGUGGACACAAGUUGCAAGUGUGCAGGAUCAAGACAAAAAACUUCAAUAUUUAUGGACAACAUGUCAGAAGUUGCCGCCACAAAAUUUUGUUAACUUUAGGUAUUUAAUCAAGUUCCUUGCAAAGCUCGCCCAGACCAGUGAUGUUAAUAAAAUGACUCCUAGCAACAUAGCCAUCGUGCUGGGCCCUAACCUCCUGUGGGCCAAACAAGAAGGAACCCUGGCUGAAAUAGCGGCUGCCACAUCCGUCCACGUGGUCGCAGUGAUUGAACCUAUCAUCCAGCAUGCCGAUUGGUUCUUCCCCGGAGAGGUAGAAUUCAAUGUAUCAGAAGCAUUCGUGCCUCUUGCUACCCCAAAUUCUAAUCACUCAUCCCAUACUGGAAAUGACUCUGACUCGGGGACUCUGGAGAGGAAGCGACCCGCCAGCAUGGCAGUGAUGGAAGGGGACUUGGUGAAGAAGGAGAGCUUUGGUGUGAAGCUUAUGGACUUCCAGGCCCACCGGCGGGGUGGCACUCUAAAUAGAAAGCACAUAUCUCCUGCUUUCCAGCCGCCACUCCCGCCCACGGAUGGCAACGCCUUGGCUCCAGCAGGCCCAGAGCUCCCUUCUCAGAGCUCUAGGGCUGACAGCAGCUCAGUGGGUGGGCCUGUCCCCUCUUCUGCGGGCAUAUUGGAGCAGGGGCUGAGCCCAGGUGACAGCAGUCCUCCAAAACCCAAAGACUCUGUGUCUGCAGCUGCCCCUGUGGCAGGAAGAAACAGCAACCAGAUAACCACGGUCCCAAACCAGGCCCAGACAGGUGGCAACUCCCAUCAGCUCUCAGUAGGCACAGCUCACAGUGCAGCUGGCCCCAGCCCACACACUCUGCGUCGAGCUGUGAAGAAACCUGCUCCGGCACCCCCCAAACCAGGAAACCCACCUCCUGGCCACUCUGGAGGACAGAGCUCUCCAGGCACAGGCACAUCCCCAAAGCCAAGCACCCGAAGCCCAUCACCGCCUCAGCAGCAGCAGCAGCAGCAGCAGCAACAACAACAACAACAACAACAGCAGCAGCAGCAACAACAACAGCAGCAGCAGCAGCAGACCCCGGGCAUGCGCCGCUGUUCCAGCAGCCUGCCUCCCAUCCAGGCACCCAACCACCCACCACCGCAGCCCCCCACACAGCCUCGGCUGGGUGACCAGGGACCAGAGCCAGGCCCCACGCCACCUCAGACCCCCACUCCACCCAGCACCCCACCCCCGGCCAAGCAGAAUCCAUCCCAAAGCGAGACCACACAGCUGCACGGAACCCUCCCAAGGCCACGGCCAGUGCCUAAGCCCCGCAACCGGCCUAGUGUGCCACCACCCCCGAAUCCACCUGGCACCCACAUGGGGGAUGGUGGCCUCACACCUUCAGUGCCCACAGCCUCCAGAAUCGUCACUGAUGCCCUUCCCGGUGCCCUCACAGGUGGGGAAGGUUUCCAGAACUAAGACACCAAUUCUAGGGUUUCUGAAUCACUUCGAAACAUCUUUCCUGAAAUACAUUCAGACUUGGCAAGCAAAGAAGUGCCUGGCCAUAUCCUGCUGGACAUAGACAAUGACACAGAGAGUACCGCCUUGUGAAGAAAGUCACAGCCAGCCUUUGGCCCUCCAUCCCAGUGAGCGGAGCUGGGUCAGGCAAGCCUCUGUCUCUGCAGACCAAACAGUGAGAAGCUUUCAGUGGGGGAAGGAAGGUCUGACCACGAAGGACUAGACUCCCACGGCCCAAGGAGAAGGUGAGGGCCGGUCCUCAAAGCUGAAUGACCUGUGUCGUAAAGAAGUUGGCUUGCCUUAUCUAGGACAAAAAUCAUGCCAAAAAAUGAUCAGGACAAAGAAAUAUCUACAGCAGAGAGUGUUACUGCCGAGAAAUGUAUGGAAGCCUUUGCCAGUGCUGUCAGCUCGGACAGCACGGCAGUGACUAGGAAGAGACUUACCUAUCUAUUUAAUAAAACAUUAAUUAUGCAAGAUGCCUACUUCCUGCUACUUGGACUUUGGUUCUCACAUACCAGAGGGAGCUUCCGUUCCUUCAGACUUGCUGCAGAAUCAUUUUGUAUUAGAUACAGUCUGUCUCCUCCAACCCCCAGAACCUCGAGCAUUGUUGGCGACUGCUGGCUCUGUUGCCUCAUCAGAAUGGAUGUGAGUUGUGCCUUGUGGAUCACCAGAAUAUGGAGAGAAAUAUACCAUUCUUUUUUAAAAAAACAAAACUAUAAUUGCUACUUGAUAAAGAGCGAAUGUUAUUCUAGUUUCAUGUUUAAUUUGAAUUAAAUAUAUUCUGUGGUUUAUAUGAAAA